AUGGAGGGAUUGCUCAGCGAUCUGUACACAACAACUCUCUAUGGAUUUUGGGGCAAUCACAUCGGACGGCAAGUGCCCCCGAUUUUCUUUGAGAAAGGGGUCAGGGUGGAUAGCAAGACCUACUUAAAAGGCGUGUUGGAGAAGGAGUUACUCCCUCCUGGCAAAAACUCUUUCGGCAAUAGAACAUGGACUUAUCAGCAGGACCCAACUCCAGCACACAAGUCCGAAGUGGUACAGGACUGGUGCGGAACGCACUUCCCAGACGACGAUUGGCCCCCAAACAGUCCAGUCCCAAAUCCAUUGGACCAUUCCGUGCGGUCGGUUCUUGAGACGAAAGCCUGCUCUACUAAGCAUAGAAGUUUGGAUGCUCCACGUGCAACCCCCGUUGAAGCAUGGGAGGAUUGGAGCGAAGGCUACCUCCGUGCCGCCGUCGACGCAUCUCCUAGGAGAAUUUCAGCCUGUAUUCGCGCAAAAGGAGGCCAUUUCCAGAUCUAG